CUUUGCAAUGACGGCAUCGCUUCACUGUUUCAAAUCAAAAUUCAAAGGAUUCAAUUCAAUUCCCCUGGACCCCUUGAUUGGGACACACUCUCGUUGGAAGUUAUCCUCUGAUCAUUUUUUUAACAUUUUAAUUCUUCGUUUUUCUGACCCAAAUUCCUCUUCUUCCAUGUUCAUGUCACAACAGUACCGGAUCUCUUUUUUGUAUAUGAAUAUUUAAUUAUUAAAAGCCUUUAAGCAAGUGGGGUUAGGGCUUAAGAUUCAGUUUUUUAAUAUUUCAUGUUUGGGGGUUCCCUCUCGGACACGUAUUUUGCGUAUUAUUGGGCUGAGGAUUGGAUUUGGAUUAAUGGGGGUGGAUAAAGGUUGGAACUUGGUUAAAAGGAGUGGUGAUUUCAGUUAAGGGGGGUGUGAGGUUUUUGCAGUUGUUUUUUUUCUGGGUGGGAUUUGAAGGGGAUGGAUAUAACGGAAGUUUCAAUCUUGCAUCAUGUGGGGAUUGUGUUGAUUGCGCUCUGGAUUCUAUCUGCAUUGAAUUGGUGCCACACGGUUGUUUAUUUUGUGGCUCUGAUCUACCUCUAUCUGGUUCAUGAGCGUUAUGUUACCAGGCUGCGGAAGAAGUUGCAGUUUGAGGAGAGGAAACAAGCUAAUCAAAGAAGGGUGCUUUCGGACACUGAAACAGUCCGGUGGUUGAACCAUGCCGUUGAAAACAUAUGGCCCAUAUGUAUGGAACAGAUUGCCUCUCAGAAGAUUUUACUCCCUAUCAUACCUUGGUUCUUAGAGAAGUACAAACCUUGGACUGCUAAAGAAGCUGUUGUUCAGCACCUAUACUUGGGAAGAAACCCACCUUUGUUUACUGAAAUCAGGGUACUUCGCCAGAGCAAUGAUGACCACUUGGUUCUGGAGUUAGGAAUGAAUUUUCUCACGGCUGAUGAUAUGAGUGCUUUACUUGCUGUGAAACUAAGAAAACGAUUGGGCUUUGGAAUGUGGGCAAAGCUGCACAUUACGGGAAUGCAUAUUGAAGGGAAGGUCUUUGUUGGGAUAAAGUUUCUCCCAACAUGGCCUUUUCUUGGCCGUUUGCGUGUAUGCUUUGUUGAACCUCCAUAUUUUCAAAUGACUGUCAAACCUAUAUUUACUCAUGGGCUUGAUGUGACGGAACUUCCAGGCAUUGCUGGGUGGCUAGAUAAGCUGCUGUCUAUUGCUUUUGAACAGACCCUAGUUGAGCCCAAUAUGCUUGUUGUUGAUGUUGAGAAAUUUGCUUCACCAAAGCCAGAGUCUUGGUUCUCUGUGGACGAGAAAGAACCUGUUGCUUAUGCAAAAGUAGAAAUUAUUGAAGCAUCUGACAUGAAGCCAUCAGAUCUAAACGGAUUAGCAGAUCCUUAUGUGAAAGGUCACAUGGGUGUAUACAGAUUCAGGACAAAGAUACAAAGGAAAACACUUAUUCCAAAAUGGCACGAGGAGUUUAAAAUUCCCAUCAUAACAUGGGAGUCUAACAAUAUGCUGGCUAUUGCAGUUCGUGACAAGGACCGUUUUUAUGAUGAUAUCCUUGGGGACUGUUCUGUGAACAUCAAUGAUUAUAGGGAUGGGCAAAGACAUGAUAUGUGGCGGCCACUUCAGAAUGUAAAAAUGGGGAGGUUGCAUUUGGCAAUAACUAUUCUUGAAGCUAAUGGAAAGGGAAUUGAUACUGCAUGUGACCAGAAAACAAUGGACAUAGAAGGAAAAAAUUCUUUUGCAAACGAGACUACUAAUGAAAGUUCCUUCUCACAUUUUACAUCUGAAAAUUCUGAAAAGUUGGCAGAUAACUAUGAGCCUAUAGACAUCAAAGGGCAAAAGGAGACAGGGAUUUGGGUCCAUCACCCAGGAAGUGAAGUUUCCCAAACAUGGGAGCCUAGAAAAGGAAAGCAUCGACGCCUUGAUACAGAAAUUCAUGGGGAGUCUCAGGAUUUAGUUGGAAGCUGUAAUUCAGCUGUUUCUGGAUCCUUAAACAAUGACAGCAGCAGUCCUGAUAGCAAUCCUGAAGACAAGCAUCGAAUGAAAUCGGUCAGGAGGGGCCUGCAUAAGAUUGGUUCAGUAUUCCACAGAGGUAGAAAAAGAGAGGAUCUGUCAGGUUCUGUUGGAGAGGAGUUGCCAUCUCCUCGUGAUAACAUUAGGUCAGUGAAUGCCAAAGGGAUGAUUGGUGUGCAGUUUGUCAUGGAUGAUAACAUUUCUGGCUUUCCAACUGGUAAGGUUCAGGAAGGAGGAUCAACUGAAGGGAGUGGUUCUGAGAGCCCUGCUAAGGGACAUGUCAAGGAUGUGGCGAAGAAUAUUUUGAAACAUGCAGAAAAAUCGGCUCGUAGCUUCAAGCAUGUUCUUUCUUGUAAGUCAAGGAAGUUUAAAGAUGAGUCUUCAGCAGUUCCGGUGAGAGAACAUGAAUCUGACUCUACCGAAGAUGAAUCUAUUGUUCAGUGUCCAAUAGAUGAAAGAAUUCCAGUUAGUUCCCAGGAUAUGGCCUCAUGCAGUGAUGAUUCCCCCAUUUCCAGAGUGAAAGUGGUUCAGACGGUACCAUCUAACGACAUUAGUACGGACACUGAAGCCCCGAUGAAGAUCAAUAAUGUUGAAGACGACCCUGAAAAGGCAUGCUCCCCUGACAGGUUUAGUGAAGAAUUGGUGAAAUCUGUUGUACCUGAGCAUGAGAAAGAGGAAGUGGGGGCAGAUAAAGGAGAUCUUAUUAGUUUGUCCCACUGAAGAAUGUUUCGUCGAGUAAACGUUUACUCCACAUUUUCAUACUUGUAUUCUCUUAUUGGUACAGUCUUCAAAGUGAGUGUUUUCACAGUACUAGGAAGAUUUUGAUUACAGUAAUGGUUGUUUUGGUGCUCGCCAUAGAUCGUUGCAUAAACAUGUUUGUGUUUUCAGGUUGUUGGAGCUUGUAAGCAUGUAAAUAACUUUACACAUACAAAGAGAGAGAGAGAGAAAUAUGGCGGUGUCUCAUGUUUCAUGCAAUUGUAGUUACUUAUAAGACAAGAAACCAUGCAGUAUUCAAGAUGUCCAUUUUCUGUAUCCUUGAUUAGGAGUUAUACUAAGGAGGCAAGCAAUACAUUCCUGAACACGUUGGUAAUUAGUUAAACCGUUUAAACUGAAAAUUCCCUCUGAAGGACUGUAGAACAAAUUGAACUAAAUUUUUAGAUAUGCCAAUACUCCCACAUGCUCUUGAAUGCAGCCGCAGCAGGUACCCAUGUUUUCUCAUUCUCAUGAACUGAGCCAGGGCAGAAUCAUAAUACGCUUGAUGUAGCAUCAUGGCUUAGUUGAGGAAUUUACAACAUGGUCCAUGCUU